GAUAAUGUGACAGCCAUUGCAACCACCGUUGUUACUAUGCUAGCUACAGAAAAUGUAACAACUCCAGUGAAUGUAACAGCAGCCAUUAAUGUGACUGAUGUGACAAUGCCUGCAGACAAUGUGACAGCCAUUGCAACAACUGUUGUUACUAUGCUGGUUACAGAAAAUGCAACAACUCCAGUGAACGUAACAGAUGUUGCCACUGCUGUAACCCUGCCUGCUACAGACACUGUAACACCAGCAAUGAAUAUGACAGUUGCAACAAUGCCAGACAACACAACUGAUGCUCCAAGUGUGACAGGAAAUGCAACAAUAGCAGAAAAUGUCACUGUAGUUGCAAGUACACCAACUUCCACAACACUGGCAGAAAACAUUACAGCCAUUACUGACUUCAAUACGACCAUGCCAGUGAAUGUCACAGUGCCUACAGCAACAGUAACAGCAGAAAAUAUUACAGACAUUAUUUAUUUCAAUACAACCAUGCCACUGAAUGUCACUAUGCCAACAGUAACAGCAGAAAGCAUUACAGCCAUUACUAGUGCUGAUUUCAAUACAACCAUACCACUGAAUGUCACUGUGCCAACAGUAACAGUAUCAGCAGAAAACAUAACAUCCACAACUGGUGUUUCUGCUACAGCUACAACAGAAAAUAUCACUGCCGGACUGGUACAUAAUAUCACUGCUGUGACACCAACAACAACUGCAGCAGGCAACGAAUCAGUCACAACAGCUGUUACAAAUGUGCCACCUACUACAACUGCUCUGAACAAUAUCACCUCUGCCAAUGUCACAGAUGCAGAAAACACUACUGCAGUUGUAACUGAUCUGACAACAGUCUUGAGCAAUGCAACUGUUGUUACCAUGCCGGUUACUGUAACGGUUACACCAGUUGUUGAAAAUACCACUGCUGUAACAGUCAACACCACCGCAAUCACUGGACCAAGUAUCACCGCUGUCACAGACAACGUCACUGCUGUUACAGGUGUGACACCUGCCACAUCUGUUUCCAGUAAUGAAACUGCUACAGACAACACAACAGCUGUACCAACAACACCAAUGUCUUCAGUGAGUCCCACUGGUGCAUCUCCCGCUGUAACUGCAGCUGAAAAUGAUACAACCACAGUUAGCAUGACAACAAUGGCAGCAACAGGAAUUACAGCAAAUACUACAGCUGACACUGAUACAGCAUCCACCGCAAUGGCCAUUACAGGUGCAACACCUACUGCACCUGUCACCACAGCUGUUUCAACCAACAUUUCCACAACAGUUGGAGCCACAUCUUUGGCAGCCACACCUGUUUCAUCAGAGGCUGCAAAUGUCACAACUGGUGCUGCUACCAAUACACCUGAGCCAUCUACAGCAGCACUUACAACUAAGCCAUCUACAGCAGCACUUACAACUCAGCCUGAAAAUACAACAGAGUUAGCACCAACAGAAGCUGGGACAACAGCACAGCCAUUUGUAACUGUGGUAAACCCAAGCACCAUUGUAGAAAACCAACUGACAAUCCUUGUUCUCAGUUUAUCAAAUGACUUGCAACAGAUCAUGAAUGAGAUAGGAAGUAUCAUUCAGGCACUGACAAACCUACUUCAGGAGUGGUACGAGAAAGCCUUAUCCAACCAGGCUGGUCAAAGGCGCCGUCUACUGCAGUCUCCCAGUAUUGCACCUGGAAGUUUGGUUAUUCAGGUGAUCAAUGUAACAGCUCUGCCAGAAGGACGGCUGCAGGUCCUGUUUGUUGUCGUGAACCGUAAUAACAACAACUCAGUCGUGCCGCCCGCUGAUGUCACCGCUGCCUUCAAUCAGGUUUCUCAGCAGGAAAUCAGGGCCAUUGCUUCAUCAGUAGGGUUUCCCUUGGACAUCACAAGUCACACCGUACAACCUUUGGUGACUGAAGAAGCUCCAGCUUCCAGUCUGCUGUGGAUCUUGGGUGUUGUUGUGGGAUCCCUGGUCUUCAUCAUCAUCAUCCUACUGGUGGUGUACAACUUUGUGACUACGAAAGCAGAUGCUGUGGAGCCAAAAAAGCCUGAGGAGCUUGGAAACAAACUAUCAGAAAGAUAUGUCCAGAAGGGAGGCCUGGGUUCUGUAGGCCUGCUCAUACCUGCACAGCUGCCGGGAGUGCCACAAACAAGCAGGGGACAGACAAGCUACCAGCUUAGUGAUGAGACUGAGGAGAAGGAUAAAGAGUGGAUCACAGAGUCUGGGCUGAAGGUGGACAUGUCCAAGGGCUCCAUAACCCUGAUCCCGCCUGCUCGUCCACCAGGCAAGGAUGAUGUGCGAGAGUUUGGGACCCAACACAAGCAGGGCAAGGAGGCCUGGUCUGACAAGGAGGCACCACCUGCAGAAAGGAGACUAGCAGUUGAUGAGAAACCAAAGCGCUCCAAAAAGGAGAAACGUGAGAAGUGGCGUGGGCCUGCCAAGAAACAUAGGAAGGAACACGAGAGACCGCGGAGAACGGAGAUCCCUGUACGCCCACCUGUGCGACUGGUCGGAUCUUAUGAGAGCGUGAAAUCAGCAGCGAGUAUGGAUCAGAUUGAGCACGAGGCAGCCCUGUUUGAACAUGUGGCCCUGAUGAACAAGCUGGAGGAUGGGGAGAACAAGAAGAGGGACACACCUACAGUCAGAUUCAAGGCAACGGUUCAUCCACUCCAAGCUCUGUCCUCACUCCCUCCUCUCAAGGACACGCCGCUCGUCACCAAGUACACUACUGAGAAUGAGGUUGCUACUGAAAAAGAGGCUGCACUAGAGGAAGAGGAUGAAGUCCUGAGGGAACAGAAGAUGAAAGCAGUGAAGGAGGAAGACUGGGACACACUAGACACCAUCAUCAAGCUCCGUGCUGAAGUGGAGCAUCUCCGCAACAAGGAACGGCAACGCGAGAAGCAGAAGAGGCAGCAGCAGGCAGCAAAGACUCCUGGGAAGGCAGACGGCCCCCUCACGCCCUUGCCUCCCCCCAAGCCACUGACUCAGCAGGAGAAACAGAGAAUGAGAGUGAAGGAAGUCUGGGAGGAUGCACAGAAACAGCUGGAGGGACUGCUGGAGCCCCAGUACUUCCCACAGGCAACUAUGACACCUGUAGCCCGGAAGAUGCAGGCUGCAAGGCGAAACAGAUGGCGGACACAACACUCCCGCCACGGCUCAGGACAUCCUGCUGACGUGCUGCCUGGAGAAGUGCAGUUUGACAAGAAAAUGGGUCGGAACAUGCGUGCAGCCCAGCCCAAGGUCGGAGACUACAUGAGGACAGACAGCAACAUAAAACUAGUCAGGGUUGCACCAAUCAGUGAUGAGGCGAACACCACUGGCCGUGACAUGCCAAUAACAGCCCAACCACGCUCCAUUGCUGACCAAGCACGACGAGAGGCAGCCAUCUUAGGGCAAGGGGGAGACCCAUACGUACAGCUUCUACGGAUGGCAAGCAUCCAAUCUCCUAUGGGACCAGUACCUCAACCACCUCAGUCACCAUCACAGCAAUUGAGGGAUGAUGAAGAGGUCCAACGUCUCUUGGAAGAAGCCUUUCCAUUGGAGGAUGCAGGCCAUGAUGAGUCCAGAGUAGAAGAGUCUGUAACAUCAAGAUCAGUCACAGAAACAGAGCGUGGUACCGUGAAGUCAGGAAAGACUGGGGACAGGAAAAGCCAGGUAUCUUCAAAAAGGAAGCUGAGACCAAAAACAGCAGCAGUUGCUCCUGAUGACACCCUGCAAUCAACAUCAAGAGGCCUUUCGCCACGUCCACCACGUCAAGCUUUUUCAGAACCGAGAGUACCACAGUUGCUCACCCCUCCUACAGGGAUAAGUUUGUCUGGAGACAGGACUCCUUACCAUGACCCAUAUUACACCCCAGCAAUGGUGGAUACAGUGUAUGGUGCACAGCCUUCUGUCAGGACUAGCACCCCCCGUGCACCUCGUUUCUCCACAAUGGCACAGCCUACCCCAGCUGUUGAUCCAUAUGGACACGGACUGCACCACCCUGGAAUGGGUAGGCCCUACAGGAGAGUUUCUCCUGGAACUGAACUUCCUCACAUACAGCCAGGAAGGGCACCUUCUCACCUGGUAUGGCAGCCUGAGACACCAGCCAUGAUGUCACGAUAUGGGGAUCUUGGACCAGGUGCAGCAAUGCAGAAUCCCAUCUAUGACAUCCCAAGACCAUCUGUUGGUGGACUUGAUGGGUCCUUGUAUGAACCUGAAAGAACAAACCUCAGCUUUCUGGAUCAGUUGCGCUCGACCCCUGUCAGGGCAUACACACAACCCUCUCCCUAUGCGGGAGUACAGCAGCCAAUGGCACAGCCAUCACAACAACCAACCACAGGGCAGCAGCCAAGCCGGGAGCCAAUCACAGAGCACAGCUUGCCUGGGGUGAUGUCAUCGCUGACCAAUGAGCAAAGAGAUACAUUGUUGCAGCUAAUUCGUGAGGAAUAUGGAAAAUUAGAACAUGAGAGAAGUACUAAAGAAUCCUAAGUUUUAAGAUAAUAGUUGUAGUAACAAAAGUAUGUAAAUGUAUCAUACAGCACAGUAAAAAACAAAAUACAAAUUAUUGUGUUGUUAAUACCCUGAUAUAAUAAUGUCAGGUAUUUUUAUCUGUGUACAAUGGAAUGGCCAUGGUCAUAGCUUUACCAGAUUUGGACUAGAAGAAAGUCUUAUGUAAUGUUUUUGAUAUAGAUGUAUAUAAAAGGUCUAUUUAUUUUUGAAAAAUGAAAGUUUUGCAUAUAUUAACAGGAAGCUAGAGUAUUUAGUUACACCAAGGACGUUGGUUACACAUACAGCAUUCAAAAUGGCCUUUACUAGCUUGUGCAGCAAACUCAAGCAUGACGCAAGUUGUACCAACAACUGAAUAUGAACAUUGUAACAGUAACAUUACUUGUUUGAGUGUGACUACGUACAUGAAUUAGCAUGAUCUGUGUGUGUUUGUUUGUGUUUCAAAGUAAUUACUGUACUAUGAAACCAAAAUAGCUCUAAGCAUCAAUUAUAAUUUCAAUUAUGUAAAACUUGAUCAAAGUUGCAAGUAGAAAUAAAUCAAACUAUAUUGUUCUACAA